AUGAAUCCCGACAGCUUCUGUACAGAUUUCAAAAGUCGUGUUCAACCAUCGUCCGGUAGACGUUUGUCUACUAGCUGGGAUAAUGAAGCAAAAACUGUUCAACUGAGUGUUCCUCGUGUAGAUCAACGUAGGAAUUCGAAUACUCUUGCGCAAUUGAUGGAGUGUCAUCGUCAAUUGUCUCUGAACUAUGAUCAAUCUUUUGAAAAAGAGGAUGCUCCAAAAUCUCGCCCGGCUUCCCGUAGAGCGUCCGUGGGAUCCCGAAGACCAUCGGUUGCUGAGAUGCUAGUCGACAGUGGUAUCACCAAAACCACUGAUGAUUGUGUCAUGGUGACACAAACACUCGGAACGUCUACCACUCUGUUCUUCCAAAAAAACCCAUUGGUAGACAAUUUGGAUCUGAGACCAUCUGCUGUAGAGCGCGGAUUGUAUAAUUUUGAUGACUCCAUCAAGGAAGUGCCACCAUUGAAAUAUGUUGGAACUCCACGUCCUUCAAUUCAGAUGUCUACAUCACCACGACCAUCUUUCCUUGCUAAAAGUAGUCCAUCUAUUGAAGAGUCGGAUGGGGAAACAACUCCAACCCUGUCUAGAGUACCAGUUAGACCCUCUAUUGGAGAACGUGGUCUACCUGCGAUGAAGUUCACACCAGUACUUCCAAAUGGCCAGUUGCAACAAAGAGGACGUACACUUCACAAGCAACCGCGCGCCGAUCCUCGCUUCGACUUCGAACUCGAUAAAAUAAUCGCAAAUCGAAGAAAAAUUGUGGACGAAGAGGAAAAUAGAAGAGAACGGGAAAAUCAUAUUAGACCAAGAAAUCAAGCAAUCACUUUCACCUCCCACCGUCCCCAUCAAUUUGACGGACGUGGCCCGUAUCAAAUCAGUACCGGAAACGUUAUGGAGGAACUUCGUAAUCAAAUGGAAAGUGGUGAAGUGGACCGCAUAGUUAAAGAGAAGAAGACGACAACGGUGACCGAAACCCGCGAGAUCGUUUAUUUCACGCAUCGCUUGCCUUCUUCUAUUGCUAUCUCCACUAGACUCUCUCCAACUGGUGUACCAGUUCAGAAUCCUAACCGUAGAUCCAUAACUGUUGAAGGAUCACUACCCGAGUUAUUGGAUAGACCAUAUGUUCGUGCAAGCCCAGGAGACCAGGGAACUCCUACUGAUGGAAAGAUGCCGACUAAAACUGUGACCAUCCGCGUACCUGAUGAUCAACCAAGUCAACCGAGAGGCCACUUCGUUCACCGAUCGGCAACGCCAUCUCCGAAUAACACUUCUAACGGCCGACGAGAAAAAAGCGCUUCGCCAUAA